CAGAAAGCAUGGAUCCCUUUACGUUGCGCACAGCUGCCUGUUUAUUUUUCUUCAUGACCCUGCAGGCAAGAGGUGACCAGCUCUCAAAACCAGCUUUAUUGGUACUUACCAAGGAUUCUGAUGAUGUGGUUAUGGUGGGUGAUACAGUUAACUUUAUGUGCCAAACUGCACACUCCGGAGCCAGCAGGUUCCUACUAGAAUGCCAACACCAAAAUCUGCCAGUGGAACAAAGUGAAUCGAAUUUCACCAUAGUUGGUGUCACGUCAAACAAUACGUGCAAAUAUUACACCUGCCAAUAUUGUGUCCAGUCAGUGUGCUCAGAGCCAAGCGAUCCCGUCAUUUUGUAUGUCCGAGAAACCUUCCCACCACCAAAGAUCUUUGCCAUCCCCUGGAAGGUUGUGCAGCCUGGAGACCCCAUUACAAUCGCAUGCUCUUCUCCCUAUGAUGAUGUCAGCUUCUCCCUUUACAAAAACAAUCAGUUAGUCGCCGAAGAUGGUAACAAUGCAAGAAUGUUUUAUUAUAACAUCACACAGAUGAAUGAACAAGAUGGUGGACAGUAUAUCUGCACAUUUACAAAAACCAUGGCAAAUAAGCUGCAGCUUCAGUCUGAGCCAAGUGAUCCCCUCCUGAUUAGAGCUAAAGAUCUGCCUAAACCCACCAUUUCUGGGGAAACCAAUUAUUCUGACAACGAGGGUUUACUAAUCCACUGCACUGCGCCCACUCAGUACAGACGAAUGUGGUUUCGACUGAUAAGCGAUAAGAAUGACACCGAACAGGAAAUAAAUGAUGUACCAACCAAAAAUGUAACGUUUGUCAUCAGCUAUCCCGAAUACUUGCAAAAGAAAUAUUAUUGUGAUUAUCGUAUACGCAUUGGUAACGACUUUGCCUACUCCAAAGUGAGCAAUGCAGCAAUCAUAGGAUCAGCACAUAAUGACCAUACCACAGAAAACAUCAUCCGGUUACUUCUGGCAGCCUUCAUCCUUCUUGCCACUGCUGCCAUUACUUGCAUCCAUUUCAAGAGUCUGCACAGAUCCGUUCUGCUCGAUCGGCCGUCGGAUAACGUCACGUUCACAAUGGAGUCAGAAGCCAUAACGGUGGAACAAAAACCAGGGAAUCAAUAUAUUGACUGAGCAAAUAUUAAUUUAAUGUAAUAUACGCGUGGAACACUUUCCACAGAACUGCUUCUCAACCUUCCCCAGAUCCACAGAGUCUCCUACAUAUCUGGGCACCAAGUCAGACACUGCUGGGCUACACUUAGAGCAGGGCACUACUAGUCAUAAUCUGCCAAAAGAGACAGUUUUCUGAAAUUCUUUCUUUUCAUAAAUUACGUUAUGCCUAUACCUUCCCAGAGCUGCAAUCCAAUAUUAGCAACUUAUUUUGAUAAGAAGCCCUGAGCUGGGCCCCACUUUACAAAGCUGGAAAGAAAUACACACAAUAAGGAAACCAUAUUGUGGAGCUUUGACUGUUGAUUUUUGGAAGACUGUUUGUGAGUUGCUGCGAAUAAAGUUUAUUAAAAUAUA